GUUCUACUCUCACAGAGAGCGAGAGAGAUGAUUCCGCAUUGUUAACAUGCGCACCCUCUACAGAGGGGGACGAGGUGAUUCCUCUUCUUAUCGUGCGCACCCUCUCCAGAGAGAGAGAGAUAGAGAAUUCUUCUUACUGUGCGCAUUUCACUGAGAGAGAGAUCCGGUUGCUUUUCUUAUCUUGCGCGCGCCCGCCAUGCCCUCUGUCAAGAAGAGGAAGAAGAGAGCGAAUGACGGUGACAGAAAGCUUCUGGUUGGAUCGAAAGUCGAGGAUCCAAAGAUCCCAUGCUAAAAGAAGUCUUCAUUGAGGGAAAGAAGUAGAAAUUGGUCAUCAAGACUUUUUAUAGCUAUUCAACCCAUCUUAUGUCAGAACCAACAGAAAGACCAAGCAGAAGAUGAAGAUCAAACAAAGAAUGAGACUCGAUCUAUCCAGUUGGGAACCAAGUAUCUGAUGGAAUUGAAUCUACAAGCACGGACCUUGUGUCCUGAAGCUACUCAUCAAUUGGACUCCUCUAUGAGAAGUUCUCAUGUGUCAGGUUCGACAGUUUGAGGAGGGCCUCAAAGGAUCAUGGCAUUCCGGAGUUGUUAUUGGCUAUGAGAAAUCUAACCGUAUCAUUGAAUACACCAAUCUUCUGACUGAAGAUGGUUCUUCGAAGCUCAUAGAAUCAAUCACUGUAUCACCUAUUGUUGAAGGCCUGAAUGCUCCUGGGAAUGCUAAAUAUUACCGGGGCAAUAUAAGACCGUCUCCACCUGAUUCUAGUAUCCAGGUAUCUGAACUUUGUUACAAACUCUGUGUUGAUGCUUUUGUCGAUGAUGCAUGGUGGGAAGGUCUCAUUUUCGACCGUGAAGAAGGUUCAGAGGAGAGGCUGGUUUUUUUCCCUGACCAAGGUGAUCAACAGAGGAUCAAUGUCAAUCACUUGCGUAUCACCCAAGAUUGGGAUGAGGUUUCGGGAAAUUGGUGUCCUCGUGGGAACUGGUUUUUUCUCGAGCUUCUUGAAAAAAUUGAGCUGGAGGGGUCCCUGCCUGUUUCAGUCAGGCAGAUUUGGUAUGACGUGAGGACUAGUGUUGGUUUUAGUCACGGAAUUUUGGAGUGGACAUGUGGGGAGAGGUCUUUGUGGAGUAAGUUGGUGUUGGAAGCCAUUCAAGAGAACAUAAAUGCUGCCCUUGGGCUAGCGCUUUCUGCGACAGAUUUUGUGGCUGAGGAAGAUUUUGCUGUCCCAAAGAGUAAAAAACGAAGGAAAAUAAAUAAAUCACAAGUUUCUGCAAGUGGAGCGGAUUUGGGUGAUCAAACAGAGGCAAGCAGUCUGCAAAGAUUAGAUGAAUGUAUUCAUCAACAUAAACAAGCAUGCAAGCCUCCUUUGGCUUUUCUUUCGGAAUUUCAUGCUGCUCCUCUUAAGCCUGCUUUGGAUUGUAGAUCAGAGGAUGCUGUUGUUCUUCACAUGGAGGAUCACCUAUCAGAACGCAUCGGAGACUCCUAUCAGGAAAGAGAAAAUGGUAGAAAUUUCCAUCCUGCAGCUAGAGAAGAUGAUACAUCAGAAGCUGUAAAUAGAGGUACUCAUGGGAAAUGCGCUUCUCAAGGAGUGGUUUGUCAGGGAUUGGUUGGUAAUAGAUUAAUUUCAAAACAGAAAAAGGGCCAUCAAACACUAUCAGACUUCCUCCUUGCCUGCCGUAAUGACGCCUUUGGCCUAACACGCUCAAAAGUACGUCUGGAAGCAAAGCAACUUCUUUUAUCUGCAGGUUGGGUGUUUGGGAGUGCCCAAUGCAAUCCCUGCCGUAUGCAUUAUGAUUCACCCAGUGGACAACGUUUUUAUUCUUUUGCAAAAGCUUGUAAAGCAUGGCAAGAAGAAAAGGAAGCUGGAGCUGUUCAAGAUACUAUGAAUGGUCAUGGAGGUGAAAAUAAUCAUAUUCAUGAUGAUGGGGGUGUUGCAGCCGGCAUCAAUUCUUCAUUUUCGGAAAAUAAGGCUCCUAAAGCCUUGAAGACAAAGAGAUCUUGGCAAUGUUGGGGCAGGGAGUUACUUUCUAGAGCCAAAUUCUCUUCUCAAGCAGUGAUAGAUUAUUGUGCACUUCAUUCAGCAGAAAAGAAGCCUGAUCGAAAGAAAGUGAAAGUUUCUGCGUCUGAUAAAGCCUGUGCAUCAUUGAAAGCUAAAUUGCAUCUGUUGGCAUUGGGUUGGAAGAUUGAAUAUAGAGAAUCUGAUAUCUGUAUUAGAAUUCGUUAUAUUUCGCCUAGUGGAAAACGCUAUGAUCAUCUUAUGAAGGCCUGUGUGGAUUCAAUGCAACAAGAUGUGAAUGGCCAGAACUCCAAAAAUGAUGAUGUGACUGUGGCAAAAUUUCUUCCCAAACCAGUCUAUGUUUCACAAGGCCCCCCUCGACGUUCCCCACGAAUAGAGAAGAUGAAACUUAGGGAAGAGCAAUCCAGCUAUGCUCUUGAUUCAUUCAGUGCUAAUCAAGAUUCAAGGAAUAUUGGGAUGCAUCAAGGGGAGGUUCGGGGCUCCAGAAAUGAUCAUGGAAUUGUAGCAAAAGUUAAUCCUGAACAAACAUAUUUUUCACAAGGUCCUCUUCAACGUUCCACGCAGCUAGAAAAGAUAAAGUUUAGAGAAGAGCAAUCUAGCUGUGCUGUUGAUUUAUUCAGUGCUAAUCAAGAUUCAAUGAAUAAUGGGAUGUGCAGAGAUGUAUCCCUACUCUCCAAUGAAAUUAUUCUAAUUCCAGAUGGUGGAUCUAUUUCCAGUGCUGGACGCCUUUUUUCACCAGAAACCCUUGAGGAACAGCAACAUAAAGGUGACUGUUUUCCAUUGUGCAGAGAGAAUCUCAAAAUACGCCUCACCAAACCGAAUGAUCUUCAAGCAGUAAGAAAAAACAGUAAAUGUGGACUAAAGAAGAGGAAACAUGAACAGGUUCGAACUGUCCUGUCUUGGUUGAUAGAUAAUGGGGCAGUGUGUCCGAAACAGAAGGUAUUUUACAUGAAUAAUGAGGACCGCCAUGUUAUGGCGGAAGGCCGGAUAACACUGAAGGGAAUCAGGUGCAAGUGCUGCAAAAAGGUAUAUGGUCUUACCGGUUUCGCAGUUCAUGCCGGUGGAACCAAUGACAAAUCAGCCGCCAAUAUUUUCUUAAAGGAUGGAAAGUCUCUUUUACAAUGCCAAACACAGUUAGUACGUGGUAAGAAGCUUAAGAGCUUGAGACAAGAUCCAUGCGUGCGAAUAAAGAGUGACUACUCUCAUUACAAAAGUGACGACAUAUGCUCUAUUUGUCACUAUGGUGGUAAAUUAAUAUUAUGUGAUCACUGCCCGUCAUCAUUUCAUUUAAGCUGCAUCGGCUUGAAGGGUGUGCCUGAAGGAAGAUGGUCUUGCCCAUCUUGUCAAUGUGGCAUAUGUGGCCAGAGUGAAUUCAAUUCUGACAUAAAACAGUUCACAUCAGAAACAAUUCUUUAUUGUGACCAAUGCGACUGUCAAUAUCAUGUUGGAUGCUUGAGAAAAACAAGACUGGCAAACCUAGGAAGUUGUCCACAAGGAAACUGGUUUUGCAGUAAAAAAUGUUCACAGAUAUUUGUGCAUCUCCAGAAACUUCUAGGGAAAUCAAAUUCAACUGCCGUAGAAGGCUUAUCUUGGACUAUUUUGAGAUCAAGGAGAGGAAAUGAUCCAGAUCUUGAUACAUCCGAUAUUGAGGCCAUGACUGCGCAACAUAGUAAGCUCUAUGUUGCACUUAGCGUGCUGCACGAGUGUUUUGUACCUUUCAUUGAACCCCGUACCGAGAAAGACUUCUUCACAAGUGUUCUGUUCAAUAGAGGGUCGAAGCUAAACCGACUGAAUUUUCGGGGAUUCUAUACCUUACUUUUGGAGAGGGGGGACGAAGUAGUAUCUGUGGCUACAGUAAGAAUCUUUGGUGAAAAGGUUGCAGAAAUUCCACUAAUCGGUACCUGUGUUAAAUACCGGCGACGGGGAAUGUGCCGCCUUCUAAUGACUGAAGUAGAGAAGGUGCUUUCUACUUUAGGGGUGGAGAGGUUACUGGUGCCUGCAGUUCCUGAGCUGCUAGAGACAUGGACAAAUUCCUUUGGGUUUACUAAGAUGACGCGUUCUAACAAAUUAAAUUUAUCAGAGUACAACUUUUUGGAUUUUCAAGAUACUAUCAUGUGCCAGAAACUGUUAGUGAAAUAUACAACAACCAAAACACUGGAAUCAAGAGAAGAUAAAUCCCAAGAUGGGUCGUCCAGCAAAAGCAAUGAAGAAAUGGAUCAUGAAGGAUGCAAUAGCAUUUCUGAAGUAAUCGAGCCAAUAUUACCCUCGGAGGAUGUCCAGGUAUAUCUUUUGCAUGGUGAAGCUGGUACAUGCGAAGAGCUUAGCACGUAUUCUUCUCUGGGCAGUGACUAUUGCCCAGGCCCUGCAGUGCUUAUUCAAGAAGCAGAACAAAUUGAGCAGAGCAAAACGAUGCAACCAGUAUCAAUAGGUGUUGGUGCAAGUGAGGGAAGCAAUAUCUGUGGUUUCAUUGAGAUGGCACCUCCAGUUGUCAAGAACGAGAAAAAGACGACAGCUAUAGGAUUCGAGCCCUAUGUUACAAGGGCAGUGGCAAGAAGAUAGGGAGCCUUUGAAGACUCUCUCAAGUAACAUGACUGGAGUAGACUCAGAGAGAGAGAGAGAGAGAUUGUGUGGAAGAAUUGAAUUGAUUGGGAGCAAUCGAUGAAGCUUGUCCAAAAGAAACUCUAGGAUUCAGUACACUUGAGGUGUAGCAUACUAUAGCUUGUACUAUCCUUGUACUAAUAGAUAUACUAUGCUAGACUCUAUGCAUACUACACUACUGUUGCAGCUGUCCAUAAUCCUGGGCCUAGCAAACUAGGAAUUUUGAAUAGGCGUGGCUCAAAUAGUUCAAAUCCAAGCCUAAGAUCCAACCUGUUGACAGCCGUAUGCACUCUUCACCUGGCUCUGGUACCAUGUUACAUCUUAGUCCUUUCACUUUCUUUAUAGAAAGAGAAGCACAAGGAGAAAAAAGGGUCGCGAUAGUACCGUGUAGUAUACAUAUAGUACAUGAAUAGUGUAUUUUAGUACGAGGAUGGUACAUGCUAGAGUUUGUUAAAUCUCAAGUGUAUGAAGUACUAUUUGUUUCUUGGACAGGAAGCACGGCGGUAUUUUAUGUUAUGGUAGCGUGGCCUCUCUUCAUCUGUUUUUCUAGUUUCCUUCUUGUUGAAUUUAUUACUAGGCAUAAGAAAGCUUUCAUUUGAGCAAACCCAUGGCUUCAUGCAAUCCUUCUGGAUUUGCAUAAGGGUGAUUGAUUUGAGCCAGCAAUCUGUAAGGAUAUGCUUAUUUAAUUUCUAUUGUGACAUCAUUGCAUUGGACCACGAGGCGUGCCAAUUAUAUACAAGUGGGUUAUGAUUUGUUGAUCUA